UCGCUCUCGUCCGUUGAGCUCCGUCUGGCCGAGUUUUGUCUCCACGUUUCGCCCGUUUCUGCCGAGUCUGGUUACGAUCAGUUUUUUUCUCUGUCCUUGUUCCACACGUCGACACUUGGUGUCAGUCUCUUUCGCUCUGCUAAUUGAGCUUCGUGUACCGCGCUGAUGUUCACAAGUUCAUGCGUUACAUCGGCACCCCGUCCGGUGUUUUUGUACUGGCCCCUGCUACUACUACCUUCGACUGGAGUUGGGGCCACAGCUACUCAUUUCGUUUUCAAUCUCUUUAUUUGGAGGUGCUACACGACACUUCUUCGUGCCUGGGUGUAUACCCACUGGCCCUGAGGCACUCUCCUGGAGUUCGUGGCACACCUGCUCCACACCCCUGUCAGCAGUAUGAGCAGUGGCAGCGGUACUCUCCUCAUGAUGUCGACAGACAUUUGACGGAUGACAUUUACCAGAGGUCUAUGUAUCUAUUGCACACAGGAAACUACUUCAAUGUUGUUGGUUCUAUAAGGAAGAAUUAAUGUUACCACAUGUGCCUAUAUAUGCACUCUCUGAGCAUAUUGGGGAAGGAGAGGGUGGGUCCAGGGGCGUAGCCAGGAUUGAAUCUUAGGGGAGGCAAAUGCAUUAUUCAUGUUUAAUUGUGCGCAUGCGCAAUGUCAGUGUUUGAUCGCGGAAGGCCAGAGCAAAACGGCGAUGCCCAAAGCAGCCCCAGUCUUCCCAGUUUUGUACGAUACACUCUGGGGGAGAUGUCUGCUCUUGGUUGGUGUAACCCAGCAUUCUCUCGCUGCUGGCGCUGGUCGUUGGUUACGCUGUGAAAAGUUGUACGUAAUAAAUUAUUCAUAAGUCAGCAAAAACAGAGGAGGCAACUGCCUCCUCUGUCUCAAUGCUAGCUACGCCCCUGGGGUCCCUGCAAUUUAGUUGAGGUGGCUUCCCCAUUUCAUGCUAUAACCACUGUAGAAAGUGUGAUUUACAUGUCCUGUACAUGACUUCUGAACAUGUUGGGGAAGAAGAGGGUGGGUCCCUGCAAUUAUAUGAGGUGGCUUCCCCAUUUCAUGUUCUAACCACUCUCCUAAAGUCUCAGACUUCAUGGAGCUGACUGGUUUCAAAGUGUAGGAAAACUGCACUGUCUUUACCACAAAGUUUUAGGGGACUGUAACUGCAUCACAAAGUUGAGGUAGCACAC